AUGAGGCUCCGGCCGCGGAGGGUCGUGCUGGCCUUACUCGUCCUCCUCGGAGCCCCGAGCGACCAAAAUUAUUUCCAGCCCCUGCCGGGGGCCUAUCCCAGCAUCAACAACAAGACCUUCGCCAAGCAAUGCGUGGACGCCCACAACAAGCACCGGGCCGCAGUCAAACCCUCAGCGUCCAACAUGCUCUACAUGACAUGGGAUGUAGCAUUAGCUAGAACAGCUAGAGCAUGGGCAAACAGAUGCACUUUUAAGCAUAGUCCCUAUAGAAAGAGCCAUCCUGAUUCUUCAUUUUGGCUUCUUGGAGAAAAUUUGUGGAUGUCAAAUGCUGUGAGAAGACAUUUUGAUCCCACUGGUCCCAUUGCGUCAUGGAACUCAGAAGUUAAAUCCUACAAAUUCAACAGCCAUCAGUGUGAACGUGUGUGUGGUCAUUAUACUCAGAUUGUUUGGGAUGUAUCUUAUAAAGUUGGCUGCGCUAUUGUUUUCUGUCGAAAAACAGAUCGAUCAAAGAAUAUUGAAAUCUUCGUGUGCAAUUAUGGUCCAGGUGGCAAUUUUCCAAGGAGACCUUAUUUACAAGGAAAGCCAUGUAGUGCUUGUCCACACGGAGAUACUUGUGAAAAGAAACUUUGCAGAAAUCCUGAACGUGACAAAGUCAUACGCUAUACACGAUGGUAUCCACAUUUUGAACACCGGAUUAUAUGUGAUGAAUCCUGUAUUGCUUUAGCCAUUUUAAGACCAUUAUUAAUGUUCAUAGCAUUUGGAAUUGUGUACUAUUUACAAAAACGUUAUCCAAAUUUAAGUAUAAAACAAUAAUAUAUUUAAUAUGCAUAUAACACAAAAUAUUUUCUUUAAUAUCCAUGGUAACUGAAAAUUACAUUUACAUAGGUACUAUAAAUAUAACUAUUUUUUCUAAAUUUGUUUUGUUAAUCGAUUUGGUUUAUUUCCUUGUUUUCUAUUUUGAAUGUUAUAAAAUUGUCAAAAGUUCCAUUCCACUAAUGUAAAUAUUUUUAAAACUGAAAAAUAAAUACUGCUGUAUUGCUAUGUGUAUUUUAAUAUUUUCUCCUCAAAGUUAUGUAUGAAAAUAGGAUAUUAAAAGUGACAUUGAUGAUUUGAUAGGGUUCACAUGUAACAACUGAACUAUUGAAUAUUUGAUGAAAUAGAAUAUAAAAUCAGAAAUAAAUAUAAAUGAAAGUUUGAAUUUCAUAGCCAACUUUGUGAAAUCUGAUUGUCAUAAAAA